CAGCGGUCACCCCUCUCUCUCUCUCUUUCUCUCUUUCACUCUCUCUCUCUCUCUCUAUCUCUCUCUCUGUCAGUGUGGGAAGCAUCAGUUCACAUUCACACUCUGAGUCGUCAGGUUUUAUCUCUCUUUUUCUCCUCCUCCUCAUCUUCUUCUUCUCUUGUUAUGACCCAUUUCAGGAGCGACUGCCACAGAAACAGACACACCGGGAUGAACGGUGAGCUGAGAGCUGCUCGCACCACGACAGCGAAGAGAGGAAGCAGUGCUCCUGACAGAUCUGACUAUGAGACGGAGUAUGACAGAUACCCUGAUGAACACUAUAACAGAGUGUCUGACUACCAGCGUGUCCCCUCCUCAGUCCCGGUGGAUCGCAGUCCUGUCAAACGGCCCCGCCCUUCAUCUUCCUCCUCCUCUUCCUCCUCCACAGCAGCUCUGAGGAUGAAGAGCAGUAGAGUGUCCAGCAGGAGCAACAACACACACACCUCCUCCUCUGACAGCAAAUUGAAGAUGGCGGAGCUACUUGCCAUAAAGAAGGAGCUGACGGUGAUCAAGGUUCAGAUCGACGGCCUGUUGGACUGUGUAGACAAGAUGGACAGACAGAGGAAGGAUUGCUCAGAGUGUCCUCAGAGCAGGGAGCCCAGUGUGUCUCCUCACCGAGGUUCAGUCAGCAGUCUGGAGAGAGAAAGUCCUGAACCAGGAGAGGCCAGUGAGGAAGAGCCGCUGCACUACCAGCACUACUACCCCCACAGCUACCCCCACAGGAUAAAGCAGCAUCAGUCUGACCUGGAGGACGAUCUGUGAUUCUGUAGCUCAGAUUCUUCCAGAUGCUUCCUUCUGUUUCCACAAACAGAAGCUCAGAUGGGUAUAAACUAGGAUGGAAGAUGCUUCAGAGAGGCGUUUGCAACACGAAAUGCACUGGACUGACUCUCCUCCACUAACUCCUAAAUCUGUCUUAUAUCUUUCUGUCACUCUCACUUUGAUUUUUAAUAUGUUGCCCUAUCUCCAGUCCACAAUGACUAUAAAAUCCCCAAGGUGUUCCUGAUACGUCACUGACUCUUAUGCUCCAUGCUAACAUAUUGACACAUGGGAUAUUAUAGCUUAACGUCUGCUCUUUAGAAAAAGCACCAUUCUAGUGUUUUGCAUAUUUUUUGACAAUGUCCUACGUUUCAUUUACAAUAAUUACAGUAAAAAAAUACAUUAUCUUUACUUGAUGUCAGAUGUAACAUUUGGCCCCAUUAUCAUCCUAACCUUGCUUCCCAUGUUGAACUUCAUUCUGAUUGAUGUUAAUUAAAGAGAUUCAUUUUAAUGAACUGAUUUUACUUAACUGACUUUAUUGAAGUCAGUGUAGCUGCAGCUGGCAGCUCCUUGUCACCUAAUUUAUUUUCAUUAGGUGUGUUGUUACUAUGUGUAACCAGAUGUACAGAAAAGCAUUAUGGUUCUGUGUUUAAGGCUCAGUGAGCACAGUUUUACAACUCUCUGGGUGAAUUACAGUAUUAUUCUUAAUGAGAUACCCUAUAGACUGAACAUUUCCUGCAAUGGGCAUUAACUCUGAAUAAAAAUGAUUAAAAAGUGGACAUGAAUGGGGAUGAUUACAUUUUCCCAUGUUUAGCAUAGAAAACAGUUCAGUGGCUAAAACAGUUUGCUACAUGUAAGCUAACUGAGCAUAAACAGUUGAUUGUGGUUCGCUCAGGUUAGCAGCGAAGACAUUUUGAUCCAGGUUAGCAUGAGGGUUUAUUCUAAGGGUCAACAAUUAAAGUUUUAGUUCUUGUUCAAUCAAUGAACUCUGAGGUCUGAUUUGAAAAGGUGUCAUCAGAUGAAUGCUGAACUGAAGCCAUCAGGGUUCAUGUAGAAGGUCUAUUUUCCAGGCAGAGAAACAGAAAAUUUGAUACUCAUAUGGCAUGAUAACAGUGUGUUUACUGUGUAUGAGGUCCAUUCAGUGAAGAAA